AUGGCACUUGUGGAAACUCAUAUCAGCGGUGAACAAGCACAAAAAAUUUGUGACAAGAUUGGCUUCUCUGGUCAAUCUAGAGUAGAUGCUCAAGGUUUUGCGGGGGGUAUUUGGCUUUUAUGGAAAGAAGAAAUAAUUGAAGUGACUGUACUAGACAAUCACUCUCAACAUAUUACUGUAGAAAUAAAAAAAAGAGAUGAGGAUCCUUGGAUUUUUUCGGCUAUUUAUGCUAGCCUAGAUUCGACAAGCAGAAAAGAACUAUGGAGAGAAUUGGAGAAUAUUAGUAGAGCAUUCACAAGACCUUGGAUGUUGGCGGGAGACUUCAAUGAUACUAUGAGUAUGAGUGAGAGAAUAGGAGUUGGAGGUUCGGAGAUGGAAAGACGGUGUAAGGAUUUUUCAGAUUGGGUGAAUGACAAUCACCUCAUCGACCUUGGAAGCUCAGGCCCUGUUCAUACUUGGAGUCGUGGUCUGUUAGAAGCUACUUACAAAGCAGCUAGAUUGGAUAGGGCGUUGGUUAAGGAAGAGUUGCGCUUGAGAUUCGAUGAAGGUGUUGUGCGCAACUUAACUCGAAUAACAUCGGACCAUUGCCCAAUUUUAAUUAAUCUCAAUGGCUUCACUCCUAUUCCCAAGGCGUUGAAACCAUUCCGAUUUCAAGCUGCUUGGCUCAAGCAUGAAACUUUCGAGGAAUUUGUAUGUGACAAAUGGAAUAAUAGUGAGACUCUCAUUCCUUUCUUAAAAACCUUUGCCGGGGAGUUAAGUACCUGGAACAAAGAGAAGUUUCACAAUAUUUUUCGCAAAAAAUCUGAACAAUUUGCUAGGCUUAAGGGAAUUCAGCGUGCCAUGGCUAGAGGUGCUCCUAUCCAUUUGCUGAUAGAAGCUGAUUUGAAAAAAAAAAUGAAUGAUGUGCUAGAGCAAGAGGAACUCUUAUGGUUCCAAAAGUUGAGAACAGAAGCUAUUUGCGAUGGAGAUCGUAAUACCCUUACUUUCACUUAUCCACCAUAA